AUGCCCUCCGGCUCAUCCUCAAAACACCACUCCUCCUCCUCCAGCUCUAAAAAGCACCACUCCAGCUCCUCGUCCAAACACUCGUCGUCCAAGCAUGACGACUGGGCGGACGUGACAGAGCCUGAAGAGAGGCGGCGGAUCCAGAACCGCAUUGCGCAGCGGAAAUUUCGCGAAAAGGCCCGCGACCAAAAGGAACGCCAGGAACGGGAUGCCCGAAACCAGGAGUUCGCCGGGUCCUCGUACGCCGUUCCCUUCGGCUCCGACCUGGCAGGCGAUGACCAGCUCUCCGGCCUCCCAUGGGGCGGCCUCAAUAUCCCGCACAUGGUCGCGCGGGGCCACGAGUCCGCCAGCCAGCAGGGCAGUUGGCGCGACGCCUCGGACCAGCAGUACGACUCUCAGCAGCAGCAGCAGUAUUACGAUCCGCAGUUUGCGGGAGGUUCGUUUGGGGGAGAUGACAUGGGUGGUAGCGCCGGCGGCACGGCAUAUGGGGGACGGCGGCAGCAGCUCGGGGAGGAGGCGCUAGAAGAGGCCGAGGAGGACCAAGGGAAUGAUGAGGCGCAGAAGGGCAAGGGAAAGGGAUCAGCGCGAUGA